AUUAAAGGGGGCCGAAAUGUCAAUGAAUUGACGGGAGUAUGCGCCUAGACACUGACAGACAGCCAGGCAUGGCUCAAAAGCUGGUGAUAAUCGACACAGACUGUGGGAUAGAUGACGCUCUGGCUAUUAUAGUUGAUCUCGCAGCUCCAAAUGUAAAGAUACUGGGUAUCACCUGCUGUUUUGGAAACGCUGAUGUGGAUAAUGUCUGUCAAAACGUAAUGCGGGUACUGUCGGUCUGUGGACAAACACAGAUUCCGGUCUUCAAAGGGUCUGCAGGCCCUCUAGUCAAAGCUGUGAGGUCUUUAAAAGAUCACUUUGGCACAGAUGGGUUGGGAGAUGUUCUGGAGAACAGAGAUUCCGAGAUUUGGAAGAAUCGGAUACAAAAAGAUCAAGCCGUUCAUGCCAUGAUAAGACUGAUAAAUGAAAACCAGGGAGAGGUUUCCCUCAUAGCUCUUGGUCCACUGACUAACUUGGCUUUGGCUGUAAAAUUAGAUCCCACACUGCCUCAAAAACUCAAGGAUUUGUAUAUUAUGGGUGGUAAUAUGGAAGGCAUGGGAAAUGUGACGCCAUGUGCAGAGUUUAAUUUUGGAAUGGAUGCAGAAUCAUCUUACAUAGUUUUAGAGGAAUAUACCUGCACGACACACAUUGCAACCUGGGAGUUUACUUGCAGAAGCAAACUGCCUUGGGAGUUUUUUGAUGAGCUGGUCAAUCAGGAUACAUCGGCUGCUCGAUUCAUGAAGAAGAUAACUUCAAAAUGCUGGGCCUUUUCUAGAGACUUCGGCAUCAACAAGAAAGAUUUCCUUUUUGGGCAAGGGUUUGUGCCUUAUGAUGCGUAUGCCGUUGCAGCUUGUGUAGACAGCAGUGUUAUUACAGAGAGUGUAGAGUGUGCUGUACGUGUGGAGAUGCAAGGUGAACUGGGACGAGGCAUGAUGGUUUUGGAUCCAUCCAAUACACUGAACAAAGGCCAUCGAGUGUUUGUGAUGAGGAAAUGUGACGACCUGAAGUUUAGUGCAAUGCUCAAAACGUCUUUACAGAUAGCAUAGAAACAUGUUUCUUUCUGUAAAAGGUAGCUAAUGCAUAACUACUGUCUGUGGGACUAUAAGAAUGAAUGUCA